AUGGCGGAAGAGCUGAAGCACAACAUCGAGAUUUCGGACCGAGACCCAGCGGAAACCAAGGAGACCGCUACCGACUCGCAAGACGCGACGGACUCAAGCGAUACACCGAAGGGUCAAAACGAAGACUAUGGAUCGGGCGACGAUCAUGUAUUUUCCGACCCGGCGGUGGCUGAAUACUGGCGUUUAAAGUACGAGAAGGCGCGAUAUGAGAACCGACAUCGCUUCGACCCGGAGUACCGGUGGACGGCGGAAGAGGAACGACGAUUGGUACGGAAGAUCGAUAUGCGGAUUAUGGUCUGGGCUUGGCUUAUGUUUUGCGCGUUGGAUAUGCAUAGGAGGAAUAUAAAUAGGGCUAUUUCGGAUAAUAUGUUGCCGGAAAUUGGCAUGAACACGAACGACUUUAAUUACGGGCAGACGAUAUUCCUAGCUUGCUUCCUCGCCGCGGAAUUACCUAGUGGACUAAUAAGUAAGAAGCUUGGAGCCGAUGUGUGGAUUCCUACAAUUAUGGUGUGCUGGUCGGUCGUGGCAUUAUCGCAGGCUUUCCUCAAGAGUCGUGCUGGCUUCUACGCCAUUAAAGCGCUGCUUGGCCUCCUUAUGGGAGGGUUCAUCCCCGAUAUCGUGCUUUGGCUUACCUACUUUUACAAGAGUAGAGAACUUCCCCUUCGCUUAGCAUGGUUCUGGACGGCUCUUAGUGCGGUGAACAUCAUCGGAUCACUGCUCGCCGCAGGUAUUCUCCAGAUGCGUGGUAUUAACGGGUGGAGCGGUUGGCGGUGGUUGUUCCUGAUCGAAGGCCUAAUAACGUUGAUUAUCGGUAUAUUCUCAUGGGGUCUGAUGCCGCCAGGUCCUACGCAGACUCGACAUUGGUUUCGGGGUAAGAACGGCUGGUUCACCGAUCACGAGGAAUUGAUACUCGUCAACCGACUCCUCCGCGAUGACCCGAGCAAGGGCGAUAUGAAUAAUCGGCAAGCUGUCGGACCCACGCUGCUCUUUAGAGCCGUCAAAGACUGGGAGAUGUGGCCGCUCUACAUCAUCGGUUUAACGACAUACAUUCCACCAGGAGCACCUACCAACUACCUGUCGUAUAUCCUGCGGCAAAUCGGAUUCUCGGUGUUCGACGCCAACCUCCUCGCUAUUCCUUCACAAUUCCUUUUUGCCGUUAACUUGCUCAUCAUAACAUGGGUAUCGCGCCGCUUUAACGAGCGCUCGAUCAUAUCCUCAAGCUCCAACAUAUGGAUAUUCCCGUGGGUAUUAGCGCUUGUCCUACUCCCCGACAAUGCAUCUCCCUGGGUGCGCUACGCGAUGUUAACGGGUCUCCUUUCGUACCCGUACUGCCAUGCGAUCCUCGUCGGCUGGAAUGCAAAGAAUAGCAACGCGGUGCGCACACGCGCGGUAUCUGCGGCGUUGUAUAAUAUGUUUGUGCAGAGCGGUAAUAUUAUCUCGAGUAAUAUCUACCGCGACGAUGACCAACCGCUCUACCGCCGCGGAAAUAAGAUCUUGCUAGGUAUUACGGUGUUUAACAUUGUGCUGUUUUAUUUUGUGAAGGGGUUUUAUAUCUGGCGGAAUAAGUUGAGAGAUAGGAAGUGGAAUGCGAUGACAUCCGAGGAGCAGGAAAACUAUGUGCUGGCUACCAAGGAUGAGGGUAUGCAGAGACUAGACUUCAGGUUUGCUCAUUAG